AUGAAAUAUCUCGUGUUCAUAUUGUUCGUCUGUUUACUAAACUUCUCCAUAUUCAAAGCACAAGAUGAUGACUAUAAUAUGGACGAAGACAUUUCGAUCGACGAAACUUCAAGCAGUUCAUCAUCGUCAGCAGCAGCAAAUAUUGAGAAAGGAAGCGUGCCGACAAUCAAAUCUGCAUCAGCAAAUAUUUAUUUUGAAGAUCAAUUUCAAGAUAAAUCGAAAUGGUCACGUUGGGUGAAAUCUCAAGCAAAGAAAGAUGAUGUUGAUGAGGUCUUAGCCAAAUACGAUGGAGAAUGGGGUAUAGAAAUUCCACAAUCAUCCGUUUAUAAUGAUGACUAUGCGCUGAUUCUCAAAUCAAAAGCAAGACAUCACGCUAUCAGUGCGAAUCUAUUCAAGCCAUUUGAUUUUUCAACUAGUCCACUUGUUGUUCAAUACGAAGUCAAAUAUCAAACCAAUCAAGAAUGUGGUGGUGCUUAUGUGAAAUUACUUUCUCAUACCGGCAAACAGCUCGAUUUGAAACAAGUUACUGACAAAACCCCAUACACGAUUAUGUUUGGUCCCGAUAUGUGUGGUGUCGAUCAUAAAUAUCACUUCAUCGUUCGUUAUCGAAACCCGAAAACUGGCGCCUAUAGCGAACACCAAGCGAAGAAACCAACCGAACCGUUAGAUACUUACUUCACAGAUAAAAAAUCGCAUUUAUACACACUUGUUUUAUCGGCUGACAACAGUUUUAAAAUGUAUAUUGACAAUAAAAUAAUCAAUUCUGGUAGUUUAUUGGAAGAUAUGGAACCGUCAAUCAUUCCACCGAAAGAAAUUGUUGAUGAAACCGAUCGAAAGCCCGAUGAUUGGGACGACCGAGAAAAAAUUGCCGAUACUACUGCUCAAAAACCAGAAGAUUGGGAUGAAACUGAACCAAAAGAAAUAGCCGAUCAAUCAGCUAGUAUUCCCGAUGGUUGGCUUGAGAAUGAAGCUGUAAUGAUUCCUGAUCCGAAUGCAGUUAAACCCGCUGACUGGGAUGAUGACAUUGAUGGUACAUGGGAAGCUCCAAGUAUUGAUAAUCCUGCAUGCAAAGAUGCUCCUGGUUGCGGCGAAUGGACAGCGCCAAUGAUCUCUAAUCCAGCUUACAAAGGUAUCUGGCGUGCUCCAUUAGUUGACAAUCCAAACUAUCGUGGCAAAUGGGAACCACGUAAAAUACCCAAUCCCGACUAUUUCGAAGAAAAUCAUCCGUAUAAGUUAACUCCAAUCGGAAGUGUUGCACUUGAACUUUGGUCGAUGGUCGAUGGUGUUGUUUUUGAUAAUUUCAUCAUUACUUCGGAUCAAUCGAUCGCCAAACAAUACGAUGACCAAAUUUGGUAUCCAAAAUCAGUGCUCGAAAGCAAAGCAAUCUCAGCAGCCUCGGAUAGUGUCGUUGACGCUGUUAUCAAAGCUACUAAAGAUCGUCCAUGGUUAUGGGCUGUGUACGUCGUAGCUAUUUUAUUGCCGUUGGUUCUUAUUUUUGUCUUCUGCUGUCCGAAGAAGUCAGCGAAAAAAGCUGCUGAUGCCAUCAGAAAGAAAACGGAUGCGAUCGAAGCAGAUUCCAAUGAUCAACAAUCAUUGAGACGUGCUGAAGAAGAUGAGGAUGAACCUGAAGAAAUUAAAGAAUCACAAAUUAAACGCACAGUUCGACCAGCGACUGGCCGAGAUGCGCUUGAAAAUGAAGAAGAAGUUGAAGAAGAUGAGACUGUUGAAUCAACUGAAGAUGAUAAGAGUAAGAAUUCUUCUCCAUCGGCUGGUGGCAAAGCCCGUCGACGAAUGCGAAAAGAAUAA